UUUGCUCAUGUUGGAAGAUGCCAGAGUCAACCUGAGUCAGCGACAAGCGCUACCCUGAAACAGGUCCAGGACGCAGGAGCAGCUCAACAUCUCGAGGAUAGAUUGCCGCCAGCCUACAGAGCUCGGGAGCAGAGAGCGGUGAACACCAAUUUCCCAUUUUCUUCUCAUGACAACAGACACUGUCUACAGAAUGUAGGAGAGUAUUUUGAUUUGGGUAUGGGCCGGAGGAAGGUGGAACCAGAGAGACGGCAGCAGAACUCACAGAACUUCUUCCUGUGGGCUCAUGAGUCAGUUCCUAGCAGCAAGGGUGGCUUAACCAUUUAUCAGACAUCAUUUGUGAAAAUUCAAAAUACUGAGGGCCCGUUUUGUAGGCGAUAUCCAAAACACCACCCAGAAAAGCGUCGCCCUUGCAAACCCGUUCCUGAGAAUGAAAACAGCCUGCAGCCAAACGAGUCAUCUUAA